AUGAAGAUGCACUUCUGCAUCCCAGUGUCCCAGCAGCGGCCCGACGCGCUGGGGGGCCGCUACGUGCUGUACUCCGUGUACCUGGACGGGUUCCUCUUCUGCAGGGUGCGCUACAGCCAGCUGCAUCGUUGGAACGAGCAGCUCCAGCGAGUCUUUGGGAACUGGCUGCCACCCUUCCCUCCGAAGCACUAUCUGGCCAUGACCGUAUCUAUGGCCAAUGAGAGGAGAGAGCAGCUGGAACAAUAUUUGCAAAAUGUAACUGCAGACCCGAACGUGUUGAAAAGUGAAGUCUUCAUUGAUUUCUUGAAGCUGGUACAGCUGAACACGUUUAACAUCACUGCCAAGCCUGCCUUCCUGGACAUACUUCUGCCCGGUGGAGGGAGGAUUGGGGUCGAAAUCCUAACAUCAGACACCACUGAAAGAGUCCUAGAGGUCGUGUCGCAGAGAAUCGGGCUAUGCCGGGAGCUCUUGGGCUACUUCGGCCUCUUCCUCAUUCGGUUCUGCGAAGAGGGAAAACUCUCCGUGGUGAAAAAGCUGGUGGACUUUGAACUCCCUUAUGUCAGUCUUCAGAGUUGCGACAUGGACGGCUGUACGGUUGGCCUCAGGAAGUGGUACAUGGAUCCAUGCCUCGACGCCAAGCUGAUGGACUGCAGAGUGGCCGUAGGCUUGCUGUAUUUGCAGGCAAAAGAGGACAUUGACAAAGAAUGGGCCAAACCCACCCAGGCACAGAGGCAGAAAUUAGAAGCUCUCCAGAAAGAAGACAAUCAAACACAGUUUCUGGAGCUGGCCCGUGAGGUGCGGCACUACGGGUGCGUGCAGCUGGAUCCCUGCACCUGUGACUACCCAGAACCAGGCUGCCGGGCUGUUCUUUGCGUCGGCAACAAUGAGAUCAGCUGCUGCGUAACCCUACCGGAUGGCCAGACCCGGGACGUCACGUUCCAGCUGAGCAGGGUGAAGUGCUGGCAGGUCACUUUCCUCGGGACCCUGCUAGAGAGAGAUGGGCCCCAGCGAACUCUCCACCAGGACUUGGAGCUCAGAUUCCAAUACAGCGAGGAGAGUCGCUGGCAGUGGUUUGUCAUUUAUACCAAACAGGCUUUUUUGCUGAGUAGCUGCUUGAAAAAGAUGAUCUUGGAAAAGAUGGACAAGUUAGCUGCCGAGAACCCGGAAAUGCAGAUUGAAGUUCCGGAACAAGGCAAAAGUAAAAAAUACCACAUUCUACAAAACCAGCAUAAAGACUAUACCAGCUUUCUGCUAAGAAGAAGCAAGGUUAAGAUAGCUGAAAGUGACUGUGUUUUUAGGAACAUAAAAGAAGAAGAUCUGUGA